AUGGAUAUUGUUGAAUAUGAGACGGAAGAUUUUUUAUCUGAAUCGGCAAUAUGUAUAUUUCUCAUAUCUACUUAUAACGUUGAAGGUCCUCUUGAUUGGUUUUAUAAAUGGUUAGAGGAUACAAGAUAUGAUUUUAGAGUAGAUAAACAAGCUUUAUCAAAGAUGAAAUUUGCAAUAUUCGGGCUUGGUGAUUCUGCCUACGGGGAUCAAUUUUGUAUACAACCUAGAAAUAUUGACAAAUGGUUAGGUCAAUUAGGAGCAAAACGAUUAUAUCCAUUAGGAGAAGGCGAUAAAAACUCAGAUCAAGAAAAAAAUUUUGAAGCUUGGAAAAAAUCUCUUGUCGAUAUGUUAUUUGAUCCUUCAUAUGCAUUGAAUAAUGUUUCAUCUAAUCUUAAUUAUGAUUCAUAUAGUGAAUCUGAUUCAGACUCGGAUAAUAAUAAUAAUUCUGAUACAGAAAUGGUGGAUGUUGAGGAUAUAGGUGCAUUAGCCCCUAAAUUACAGGCUGCACGUAAAUCAAAGGAGGAAGAAGAAUUUGUAUAUAAAAAUAGUAAUGGAAGACCGAAAAGAACCUUGUCUGAACAAGAGGUUCCUAUAAAUGAGCCUAAGGAAAUGGUUACUCCAAUGCUUCGUAAAUCUCUAACUAAACAAGGAUAUAAAGUUGUUGGAUCGCAUUCGGGAGUUAAAAUAUGUCGUUGGACUAAGUCGGCUUUAAGAGGAAGAGGUUCUUGUUACAAGUUUUGUUUUUAUGGCAUACAAAGUCAUAGAUGCCUCGAAACUACACCAAGUUUGGCUUGUUCAAACAAAUGCGUGUUCUGUUGGAGACACCAUACUAAUCCUGUUGGCAAAGAAUUUGUUUGGAAAGUUGAUCCACCAGAGAUGAUUUUUUCAGAAUGUCUUAGUAACCAUUAUAAAAUGAUUAACGAAAUGAAGGGUAUACCGGGAAUUAGAGCAGAUAGAUUUCAAGAAGCAUUUAAUGUUCGCCAUUGCGCUUUAUCAUUAGUCGGAGAGCCUAUAUUAUAUCCACAUAUCAAUGAAUUUAUUAAGCUUUUGCACGAUAGACAUAUUUCGUCGUUUAUGGUUUGCAACGCACAACACCCAUCUCGUCUAAGAGCAUUAGAUAAAGUAACACAACUUUAUGUUAGUGUAGAUGCUAGUACGAAAGAAAGUUUAAAAAAAAUUGAUAGGCCAUUAUUCAAAGAUUUUUGGGAAAGGUUUUUGGAAUGUUUAGAUAUAUUAAGCCAAAAAGGACAACGAACAGUUUAUAGAUUAACUUUGGUAAAAGAUUAUAACACCGAAGAAAUCGCUAAUUACGUUGAAUUGGUAAGACGUGGUAAACCUGAUUUUAUUGAAGUUAAAGGAGUUACUUAUUGCGGAUACGGUGGAGCCAGCAAAUUGACAAUGGCUAAUGUUCCAUAUCAUAAUGAAGUAAUUUCAUUUGUGAAACAUCUUAACGAAAAUUUAGGAGAUACUUAUGAAAUAGCAACAGAACAUUCACAUUCAUGUUCAAUACUUAUAGCAAAUACAAAAUUUAAAAUUAAUAAUAAGUGGUAUACUUGGAUUGAUUAUGAUAAAUUUUUUGAACUACUCGAAAAAGGUGAACAUUUUACUAGUUUAGAUUACAUCGCACCUACUCCUAGUUGGGCCUUGUUUGGUUCUCCUGAAGCUGGUUUUAAUCCUGAAGAUCAACGAUUUUAUAGAAAAUCAAAGAAAAAUAAUAAUUCUGUUAAAAAUGGUGGAUGUUAA